CUCCAUGGCAACGCGGCGCCAGGCCGGGGCUGCGGGGCCACUGAGUGGGUGCAGCGGUCGCGGUCUAGGCGGCAGUAGUGGUGACAUGAAUGGGGUGGGGGCGGUGGGCGGGCAGCGGCCCUCCAGCUCCGGGCUCCCGGGUUCCCGGGGUCUGUUGCGCCCGCGCCAGCGCCCUACCGUGGUCCUCCCGGGAUGCGGGGUGCAGGGCCCGCAGCCGGGACUGGGCGAGGCGCAGAAGCGGAUCCUGGACCUGGAGAAGAGUCUUCAGUUCCUGCAGCAGCAGCACUCGGAGACACUGGUCAAGCUCCAUGAGGAGAUCGAGCACCUCAAGCGGGAAAACAAGGAUCUCCAAUACAAACUAAUAAUGAAUCAGAAGCCACCGAAGAAAGGCAGCAUAUCCAGUUCCAGCUUUCAUUCCAACAAGUCCUUUUCAAAUUCAACGAUGUCAGCCAACUCUCAAGGCAAGGUCAGGCUCCAGCCCACCUCUUGCAAGAAGCAAGACUCAAAAGCUGACGUUCUCCAGAAGGCGGACCUAGAUGAGGAGCCUGUGGUUACUACACUGCUUCAAAAGCUAGAUAAAGCCUCCGGGGCCCAGGGCCAGGUCAGAGAGGAAGAAGUCGAGAUGUUUAACCCAGCAGCCAUCUCCAUGGCGGGCAGUCAGCACAAGGGCAAGCAGGGGGCCCCCUUGAGCCUGCCCCCUCACCUUCGCAAGCCCACCACACUCCAGCAGUGCGAGGUCAUCAUACGCCAGCUGUGGAAUACCAACCUCCUGCAGGCCCAAGAGCUGCAGCAUCUCAAGUCCCGCCUGGAAGGGAACCACAAGUUCAAUUCUGAGGAAGCCAGGCAGAGUUCUCCCAGGGACCAGGAGGCCCUUCACCCAGGGACCAUGCAGUUCCCCAAAGUCUCUACCAAGGGUGUCUCUAAGAAAUGCCUGAUUUUAAGCCCCACGCCCAUGGCUGAGCGCUCCAUCCUGCCUGCACUGAAGCAGACCCUGAAGAGUAACUUUGCGGAGAGGCAGAAAAGGCUCCAGGUGGUGCAGAGCCGGCGGCUGCGCCGCUCCAUGCUCUGAGUGCCACCAUCCCCCGAGCAGGGCUGCAGCCAGGCCCCAGCCUGCAGCUGGAGACGCUGAUCCUCUCUAGAGAGCUUUGCAAAGGAAUUCUAAUGUUUAUGUCGAGCCCAAGCCCAGGCAAACAGCAGCCUUUGGAACUGAGAAGAUGCUUGUCUUCUUGCUCGGUAUUUUGCUAGUCUUCAUUUACACAGAAAAAAGAAAAACAUUAUGAACUUAGUAUUAGCCUGCAUGCAAGCGGCAGGAAAUAAAGCCCAUUUCUCCCA